AUGAAGUACUCUUUCGUCUGCGCUGCCCUCGCCGCCUCGGCCUCUGCACAGAUCCUUUCCGACAUCACCUCGGUCGGUGGUUCCAUCAUCUCUGCUGGUACUAGCGGUGCUGGUUCAGUCGUCUCUGCUGCCACCUCUGGUGUUGGCUCGGGUAUCUCUGGUGCCUCUUCCGUCGGAUCCGUCGUCGCCUCCGGUGCUUCAUCUGUCGGCAGCGAGGCUGUCUCUGGCGCCUCGUCGAUUGCAAGUGCUGGAACCUCGGGUGCCGCUGGUGCCGUCUCCACCCUCACUGGCAGUGCCUCUUCAGCCCUCGCCUCCGUCUCAUCUGGCCUCGUCUCCGAGAGCGCCGACAUCAGCUCCCGUCUGAGCUCCCUCUCGGCUGCCCAGUCCACUGCCACUGGCUCGGCCAAGAGCUCCCUCUCAUCCGAGGAGGCCUCCCUCAGAUCCUCGGCCUCGUCUGCCCUUAGCUCCGGCACAGGUGCCUUGAGCUCCGCCUCGUCGCGCGUCUCUUCCGCCGUCUCAUCUGCCCAGUCCGGUGCCUCGUCCCGCGCCUCAUCUGGUUCCUCUGGUGCCGGUGGUGUUGUUUCGUCUGCCACUUCUCGCGCCGGUUCCGCUGCCAGCUCGGCUGCCUCAUCUGCCACUGGUGCUGCUGGCCACAACGCCGUUCCCGCUGUCGGUGGUGUCCUCGGUGCCGCUCUCGGCUUCGCUGCUCUCCUCUAA